UGACUGCAACUUUCCAACUCCAUGUAGGUGUCUUGUAGCAAAGAUGCUACUCGCAGCAAAUUUCCUUGAUUCAUAAAGUAACAUUUAAUCAUUUUCUUUAAGAGAGUUUAAUUUAUAAAUUGCUGCAGACCUGCCACAGGGGAUUUUGGUACCAGCAAGUUCUGAUUUGGUGAGCUGUGUGUUUGCGUUUCUCUGCACUUCACUUACUUUUUAUUUAACAACUUCCUUUCACAUGGAAUCUCAGCAAUCAUAAAUCUCACCUCGUAUCUCUCUCUGUUUUUUCUCAGGAGAGAUGUGUUUUCGGUCAUGAGCUCUUCAAGUGUUGGUUUCAGUUUCAAUUUGUGGAGAUUUCUUUUUGUUCUUGUGGCUUCAUUUUCUGUUGUUGAUGAAGCUUUUGGGCUAAACCCAGAUGGGGUUCUCUUGAUUUCUUUUAAGUACUCUGUUCUCAGUGACCCUCUUAAUGUUCUGGAGAACUGGAGCUUCAACGAUGAAACUCCAUGUUCCUGGAAUGGAGUUUCAUGUGCAUCUCCUCGAAGAGAAAACUCUUAUUACUCUCGUGUGACAAGCUUGUCUCUUCCCAAUUCGCAGCUUCAUGGUUACAUUCCGAAUGAUUUGGGCUUGAUAGAAUUCCUGGAAAAUCUUGAUCUUUCGAACAAUUCUUUAAAUGGGUCUCUUCCUUGCACCCUUUUCAAUGCCACCCACCUUCGUUUUCUUGAUUUGUCGAGUAAUUUGAUCUCUGGUGAAUUGCUGGAAUCAAUGGGGCGGUUGCAAAAUCUUCAGUUUCUUAAUCUCUCUCAUAAUUUCUUGAAGGGGAAGCUACCAGCGAUUCUUACUACUCUGCAAAAUCUAACUUUUGUUUCUUUAAGGAAUAAUUAUUUCUCUGAUAGUCUUCCUGGUGGAUUCAACUCUGUUCAAGUUCUAGAUCUGUCUUCAAAUCUAUUCAAUGGAUCUUUGCCUCCUGAUUUCGGAGGCAACAAUCUUCGUUAUAUGAACCUCUCUUACAACAACUUUUCCGGAGAAAUCCCACCAGAAUUCUCACAGAAAAUUCCGGGAAAUGCAACAAUUGACCUCUCAUUCAACAAUCUCACAGGAGAAAUCCCAGAAACCACUGUUUUCAUGAGCCAAAACAGAAGUUCAUUUUCUGGAAACUCCAAUCUGUGUGGUGAAUUAUCUAAAAAUCCGUGUCCAAUUUCUUCUUCAGAGUCUUCUUUUUCAAAUGUCUCUGCGCCAACUUCUCCUCCUGCAAUUGCAGCAAUUCCCAAAACCCUAGACUCAAACCACGGCUCCGCCUCCGCCGGGCCUGGCCAAGGCUCGGCGGGGCUCAGGCCAGGAACCAUAAUAGGAAUUGUCUUUGGAGAUGUUGCGGGGAUUAUAAUCCUGGCUAUGGCGUUCUUUUAUGUCUACCGGCUGAUAAAAAGGAAGACUGUUGAGUCUACACUGAAUAAAGAAGCAACUGCAGCAAAGGAUACAUUGUCACUGUCUUCAUCUUUAUCCUCAGAGCCAAAAGUUUACUCAAGAUGGUCAUGUUUACGCAACAGACGAAAUGAUGAGGAGGAAGAUUCAGAAACCUCUGAAACAGAGGAAAACCAAAGUGGUCGAAAAAGUCUGGACAAUCAACGGCAGCAGUUGCAUGAUCAAAACAAGAAAGGGACACUGGUGACCUUGGAUGGAGACAAGGAACUAGAGCUGGAGGCUUUACUCAAAGCUUCAGCUUAUAUACUCGGGGCUUCUGGUUCCAGUAUAUUGUACAAAGCAGUUCUUGAAGACGGAACAACAUUUGCAGUUCGCAGAAUUGGUGAGAGCUGUGUCGACCGAUUCAGGGAUUUCGAAACCCAGGUCCGAGUCAUAUCCAAACUGGUGCACCCCAACCUGGUUCGCAUCCGUGGAUUCUACUGGGGUGUUGAUGAGAAGCUUAUAAUUUAUGAUUUUGUCCCAAACGGCAGCCUGGCCAAUGCUCGUUAUAGAAAAGUUGGCUCAUCUCCUUGUCAUCUACCAUGGGAGGCUCGGCUGAAGAUAGCCAAAGGAGUAGCCCGAGGGCUGGCCUUCCUCCAUGAAAAGAAGCAUGUGCACGGAAAUUUAAAGCCCGGCAACAUUCUCUUGGGUGGCGAUAUGGAGCCCAAAAUAGGCGAUUUCGGGCUGGAAAAGCUUGUAACAGGUGACACAAGUUACAAAGCCGGAGGAUCAGCCCGAAAUUUUGGUAGCAAGAGGUCUUCGGCUUCACGUGAUAGUUUCCAAGAUUUUGGGCUAGGUCCCAGCCCGAGCCCAAGUCCGAGUUCAUUAGGAGGCAUAUCGCCUUAUCAUGCACCAGAGUCGUUGAGGAGCCUGAAGCCUAAUCCUAAGUGGGAUGUCUACUCAUUCGGGGUCAUAUUGCUCGAGCUACUAACUGGAAAGGUUAUAAUGGUAGAUGAGUUAGGACAAGGAAACGGGCUUGUGGUGGAAGACAAGAAUCGAGCUUUGCGGGUGGCAGACAUGGCGAUACGGGCUGAUUUAGAGGGCAAAGAGGAGGCCUUGUUGUCUUGCUUCAAGCUAGGAUUCAAUUGCACAUCUCCUAUCCCCCAAAAGAGACCAUCCAUGAAAGAAGCACUUCAAGUUCUUGACAAAUUCCCAUCUUCAUCUUCACUUCGUCACAAUAUUAUGGUAACUAAUGAAAUAAGCAUAAAUUUGAACCCUUUGUAGAGAAUUAUGUAUGUAUGAUUGACUGAUAGAUCUUUGUUUGCUCAAGGUUUGGAUUGUAACUGGGUAGAGUUUGUUGUUUAACACUAAUUUCCUUCUUUGUAUUUUGGACUUAGCUCAUGUCAUUUUCAAUUACAAAAGAUUAGGAAAUUUGCAGCUGGUAU